AGGACGAUGAUCUGUUGUAGUGGAUACAUGCUGUCCGGAGAGGGAUGCGUUUUGAGCAUCUGCUCUAGGUACAUUUGAUAUCAUUGACAAAAGAUACAUAACGUUUGGCGCCACACUUUAUAAGAAAACAUGGCUCUAAAAAACGAUAAACUAUCGCUGUUUUAAACUUCCACGUACAGAGGGGAGAAUUAGAAACCUACCUGAUAUGAAUCGAGACCUGUCAUUCGCGUAAUUAAAUGAUGCACCUCAGCGAAAUCUUGGGACGAGGACUUCCUGGGGGAUUGCUUCCUGUCUUGCCGCCGAUGCAAUUUUCCAAGGAAGACGGAGCUCUCGAGGGGACAUUUAAAUCGAAACCUCACCACUGCGACUCGACUGGGGCUCCGUCCAAAAUGUGCAGCGACUGCUAUACAAACCAGACGUUUGUUUACGAUGAUGGGACCGCGCACGAACACACAGCCAGGACUUCACCUGAGACGGUGCAGAAGAAUAACAGCAGCAACACCGGAGUUAUUCUGGAUAUUUCCGCACUCAAGAUGACCGAGGUGGACUCGGAGGUCCCACCACUUCCGCCUCGGUACCGAUUUCGCGAUUUGCUGCUUGGAGACCAGUCUUUCCAAAACGACGACAGGGUGCAGGUGGAGUUCUACGUGAAUGAGAACACGUUCAAGGAGAGACUGAAACUUUUCUUCAUAAAAAACCAAAGAUCAAGUCUGAGAAUUCGGAUCUUUAACUUCUGCCUGAAACUGCUGACAUGCCUCCUGUACACUGUCCGGGUUAUGCUGGACAAAUCGGCCGACAACUGGUCUCGCUGGGAGGUGAUAUUCUGGGUUGACAGGAAGCUCCAUGUGUGGGCGAUACAGGUGAUCGUGGCCUUAAUCAGCUUCCUGGAGGCCAUGCUUCUGAUGUACCUCAGCUACAAGGGCAACAUUUGGGAGCAGAUGUUCCAGGUGUCAUUUCUCUUGGAGAUGAUCAACACAGUGCCCUUCAUCAUCACCAUAUUUUGGGCUCCACUAAGAAACAUCUUCAUCCCCGUGUUUCUAAAUUGUUGGCUAGCCAAGUGUGCGCUGGAGAAUAUGAUUAACGAUCUGCACCGAGCCAUACAGAGGACACACUCUGCCAUGUUCAACCAGGUCCUCAUCCUCAUCUGUACCCUGCUCUGUCUGGUCUUCACCGGGACAUGUGGUAUACAACAUCUAGAGAGAGCCGGGAAGAACCUGAGUCUGUUCAACUCCCUGUAUUUCUGCAUUGUGACCUUUUCCACAGUGGGAUACGGUGACGUCACACCACAGAUCUGGCCCUCCCAGCUACUAGUGGUCAUUAUGAUCUGUGUGGCUCUGGUAGUGCUCCCUCUACAGUUUGAGGAGCUAAUAUACUUGUGGAUGGAGCGGCAGAAGUCUGGCGGGAACUACAGCCGUCAUCGCGCCCAGACGGAGAAACACGUUGUGCUGUGCGUCAGUUCCCUCAAGAUCGACCUCCUCAUGGACUUCCUGAAUGAGUUCUACGCUCACCCCAGACUGCAGGAUUACUACGUGGUGAUCCUCUGUCCCACGGAGAUGGACAUCCAGGUGCGUAGAGUCCUGCAGAUUCCACUCUGGUCCCAGAGGGUCAUCUAUCUUCAGGGCUCUGUGCUCAAGGACCAGGAUCUGAUGAGGGCGAAGAUGGACGACGCAGAGUCCUGUUUCAUCCUCAGCAGCAGGAACGAAGUGGACCGAACUGCAGCUGACCACCAGACCAUCCUGAGGGCCUGGGCCGUGAAGGACUUUGCUCCGAACUGCCCGCUUUAUGUCCAGAUCCUCAAACCAGAGAACAAGUUUCACGUCAAGUUCGCCGAUCAUGUUGUCUGUGAAGAAGAGUUCAAGUACGCCAUGUUGGCCCUGAACUGCGUAUGUCCUGCGACGUCCACGCUUGUCACACUCCUUGUUCACACAUCCCGUGGACAGGAGGGACAGCAGUCUCCGGAGCAAUGGCAGAGAAUGUACGGCCGUUGCUCGGGCAACGAGGUCUACCACAUCCACCUUGGGGACAGCAAGUUCUUCGGGGAGUACGACGGCAAGAGCUUCACCUACGCCUCCUUCCAUGCUCACAAGAAGUACGGAGUGUGCCUGAUCGGGGUGAAGAGAGAGGACAACAAAAGCAUCCUGCUCAACCCGGGCCCACGGCACAUCAUGGCCGUCUCCGACACCUGCUACUACAUCAACAUCACCAAGGAGGAGAACUCGGCCUUCAUCUUCAAGCAGGAGGAGAAGCACAAGAGGAAGGGGCUGUCGCCCGGGGGCCUGUACGACGCCCCAUCUCGCCUCCCCGUUCACAGCAUCAUUGCCAGCAUGGGAACAGUGGCCAUGGACCUGCAUAACACAAACCCCCCGGACAGCAGCAGCAGCAAGCUGGCCCUGCCCACGGAGAACGGGUCGGAGAGCCGGCGGCCCAGCAUCGCGCCCGUCCUGGAGAUCGCCGACUCCGCCGCCAUCCUGCCCUGCGACUUCCUCGGCGACCAGUCGGAGGACGAGAUGACCCAGUCCGACGACGAGGGGUCGUCCAUCUACGAUUAUGUGAAAGGAUACCCACCCAACUCCCCGUAUAUUGGGAGUUCCCCCACCCUCUGCCACCUGCUGCCCCAGAAAGCCCCGUUCUGCUGCCUGCGACUGGACAAGGGCUGCAAGCACAACAGCUUCGAGGACGCCAAAGCAUACGGCUUUAAGAACAAGCUGAUCAUCGUGUCUGCCGAGACGGCUGGUAACGGCUUAUAUAAUUUCAUCGUUCCUCUUCGAGCCUACUACCGGUCGCGGAAGGAGCUCAACCCUAUCGUCCUGCUCUUAGACUACCAGCCCGACAACCACUUUUUAGAAGCCAUAUGUUGCUUCCCAAUGGUUUAUUUCAUGGCUGGGACCAUUGACAAUCUGGAUAACCUGUUGCAGUGUGGGAUCAUUUACGCGGAUAAUCUGGUGGUGGUCGACAAGGAGAGCACCAUGAGCGCGGAGGAGGACUACAUGGCCGAUGCCAAAACAAUCGUUAACGUCCAGACCAUGUUCAGGUUGUUCCCCAGUCUAAGCAUCAUCACUGAACUCACGCACCCCUCGAACAUGCGGUUCAUGCAGUUCAGAGCGAAGGACUGCUACUCACUGGCCCUGUCAAAGCUGGAGAAGAAGGAGCGGGACAAGGGCUCGAAUCUGGCCUUCAUGUUCCGCCUCCCGUUCGCCGCGGGCCGAGUCUUCAGCAUCAGCAUGCUCGACACGCUGCUCUACCAGUCGUUUGUGAAGGACUACAUGAUUCCCAUCGCAAGACUUUUACUAGGCCUGGACACCACACCUGGCUCUGGGUACUUGUGUGCGAUGAAGGUAACCAAGGAGGAUUUGUGGAUCCGGACGUACGGAAGGCUGUUCCAGAAGCUCUGCUCCUCCAGCGCAGAGAUUCCCAUCGGGAUCUACCGCACGGAGUCGCACAUGUUCUCCUCAUCAGAGUCGCAGGUCUCCAUCAACGUGGAGGAGUGCGAGGACACCAAGGACCGGCACGAGACGUGGAAGGAGAAGAGCUCUCACCGCAACUCCAUGGGCAGCGACCAGUCGGAGCACCCGCUGCUGAGGAAGAAGAGCAUGCAGUGGGCGCGGAGGCUCAGCCGGAAGAACGCCAAACCGCCCAACCGCGCGGAGCGCAUCAGCCAGCAGCGCCUCAACCUGUCCCGCCGGUCCGAGCGGCAGGAGCUGUCCGAGCUCGUCAAGAACCGCAUGAAGCACCUGGGCCUGCCCACCACCGGAUACGAUGAAAUGAAUGACCACCAGAACACGCUGUCCUACGUCCUGAUCAACCCCACCCCAGACACCAGACUGGAGCUCAACGACAUUGUGUACCUGAUUCGGUCCGACCCCCUGGCACACGUGCCCGACGACCCCCCGGCCAGGCCGAGUGGCACGAGGAUGAGGCAGGAGCUGGGGAUGGAGACCAGAGACGAGACCCAGCUCUGAGCCCCAGCACACAGCGGCAGAGGCGGCCCAGUUCACAAAGAGUGCCUAGAUUGACUGAGAGAAACGUGGAAGGAGACAGCCCACCGUGUGCGGGUGAUGCCCCCGGAGAGCCCGAGGGUGGGGUCACGACAUGGGGCGGAGGACCCUGGUGGAACAGGAUACAGCCGAGAGGACCACGCUGUACUCAGGAACGGCCAACACUGUCCCUCUGUACAGCGAGUGACCUCAGAUCCCUGGAACAUCUCCCAAACUACCCCCACCCGCCCCCUCCCAGACCUGUAUACCCGGAUGUUUCCCGGGUGGAGUUUGCAUCGCCUGGCUCAAUGACGAAAAUCCCAUCAUGCAUUGUCCCGUGUGUGGCUGUUGACUCCCCAUCUCAGUUAACCACCUGUCCUACUUGAGUGAAAACGCUGCUCCAUCACAAACCCCUGGACCAGACGGCCUGCUGCACAGCAUGCGGUGCAGAGAAUGCCUUCAGACCUCACAUUCCCAUACCCUGCUGAGUUCAGCACGGCAAAGCACGGCGGCUACUUUCUGCGGUAGCUUGUGAGGAACCUGAUGGACAUGCUUGAUUUCUAAGUAGAUGAUGCGCCACAAAGCGUUGAUCUACUGGACUUGGCCUUACUCAGGGGUCUCCCAGGAAGAGGUGAUGGGUAAACCCCACAGACUUGGGCCCUGUUCCACAAAGCAGGAUCACCGAGUUGAACAGCAAAACCCUGAAAACAUAACUUUUUACUUCAGUCCAUGUUCCGGAUUUUGGUGGGGUAAAACAGUAAUCCUACUUUGUGGAACAGGAUCCUGGAUUACUAAAUUAGCCAGGUAACUGCAUAAAGUAAAACCCGGAACGGCUAUUUUUACUUCAGUCCAUAUUCCAGAUUUGGGUAGGGUCCAGGAUUUACUCAGUACAGUUAUCUGGCUAACUCAGUAAGCCACUGUGCUUUGUGGAACAGGCCCAAGGUGAGGUUGUAAUCCUUUCAUAUAGUUUGAGCGAUUUUUAAAAUUUAACUUUGUAUUUUAUCCCAACUAAAAAUUCUGUUACUGGAAUGCUGGCUUCACAUUUUUCAUCUUCGGUAUUUGACAUACCAAUAUCUCGCACAGAGACUAAUACACAGUAUUAACUCUUCACCAGCGACACACCACCAUAUCAUAACCAAACCAGCAUAGUCACAUCAAUUAUCCAAUUAGAUCACAACUAGGUCUGACACACACAUAAUUCACUUUGGUUAAUGUUCAUUAUGUUUUCAUAUAAUUCUACUUUAUAUAAUGUUGCGUAUUUAAAGGUACAAUAGGUCAUUUCGGACUUCUAACGGUCAAGAGAGGAAUAGCAGCAACAAACACCUUCAAACCGCAACACUGUUUAUCCCUCCCCCUUCUCUGUGAACGUGCUGACGUUGACACACCAUUGGCUGUGGCAAUUAGAACCAAUUUUCAACCAAUGAGCUUGAAUUUUUAUUAUUGUACAGCUAUAUGAUGUUUUGGUACUGUGCCGGCCCGUCAACUACAUAUUUUGAAACCCGAAUUUAAGGACUAUAAACACAGGCAGAGGGUGAGUAAACAUGUCAGUGAGCCUUUUUAAAUGAUAGGAAGGGAUUUACAAUGGUCUUGUAACAAUGUUUUAACACAAAAAUCUUACCUAUUGUACCUUUAAGUGGUGAGGUAUAUGAUAAGGACCCCGACAGAGAUGCACAGGGAGUUGUUUACUGGUAUAUGCAAGGCUUGACCACUUGCUAGACUGCUGCUCUUUUACAUUAUUUAACUUGAAGUAGAUCUGCCUGAUUUGCCAUGGAGUACUUUAAUAUAAUAUUUUUGCUCCUUUCCUCCCAUUGUCAUGUUGUUGUGCUCAUGUAACUUGCAUGUAUCUCUGAAAGACAUGACAAAAAGAUGAAUAUGAUGUCACGAAUAUUAUCAUUAAGAUAAUAUAAUAAUUUGUAAUGUAAUGCAGAUUUUUUUCAACAAAAGGCUUUCAGUAAAAUACUAUAUAAUUUAGUAUGUUAUGUUAUUUGAAAAUUUGAAAAACCAUAUGCCACACUUUGCAUUAUCACUUUUCUAUGUUGUAAUUUAAAGCUGAUAUUUUGUCAUAA